CGAAAGAUUGAAAGUAUUUUCGCAAAGAACAGGCGGGAGAGAGAUCUUCAAGGGUUGUGUGGAAAUAUAGACUUCUUCUUAAUGAGAUGAUUUCAAACUUUUAAAAGUAUAUUAUCGGGUUUUAUAAAGGGAGAGGGUACAGAAGCUGUUAUUAGCCUGGGGUUUUGUCUUUUUAAAUGAAGUUUUAUUGCCAAUAGAAGAAGCGGCAUAAAGCUAAGGCGGACUGAUGAGCCAGCUGCUCUCUCAACAACAACAGGAGGCGGAGGUGGCAGUGGUUGAGACUGUGGAGGCACGGGAGAGUGAUUCAGACAGCGGUAUGGGCUCUCCACUGGAGACGGACACUGCUGGACUGACCCGUGGAGAGGAACAGCACGAUUCGGACGAUGAUGAGGACAUCACUGUGAACAGGAAGUCUCGUUGCCGGAAGGCACUACAAGAUAGCGACAGCGAGGAAGAGGAAGUGACAGGGAUGGCAGAGGCUCUGGUCCUAUCGGAAUCCAGCGAAGGGGAGGAGGGUGCCAGUGGGGAGGGGCAGAAGGGGGCCAAGCGAGGAAAGCGGGUUGUUCGUGCCCCCCUCGAUAGCGGGGAGAGCGAGCCGGAGCUGGAGACGGCCAGAACGAGUCCUAAAGGGAAGAAGGAGGCCAAGAAGGAGCGACGCAGGGAGAAGAGGGUGAAGAACGUGGACCGAGUGAAGAGGAGGGACAAGCCCCAGGUCACCCCUGCCACCCGGGUCCUCAACGACAGCGGCUGUCUCCUCGGGGACAGUGAUCUGUUUGACACGGGCCUGGAGGAAGAAGGGGCGGGGCUUGAGGGAGAAGAGGAGGAGUCUCUGGAUGCCAUCAGAGCAGCUAUGAAGCAGAAGGCUAAAAAGCACCGGCCUGUACUGGAGGAGGAAGAGGAGGAGGAUGAGGAGAACUUGCAUAAACCGCAGCGCAAGGAGAGGAAGGCGGCCCUUGCCAGUAAGGAGGCCAUGAGGCAGCUGCACAGCGAGAGCCAGAGGCUUGUCCGAGAGUCCUCAUUGGGGUUGCCCUACCACAUGCCUGAACCCAAGACCAUCGACCAGUUCUUCAGGAGGAGAGUGAGACCCGCUGGUCCUGCCAUGGCUCUGCUGAAGUCCACAAAGUACCAGGAUUGCAUUUUAGAGGCAACCUCUACCCCUCAGACCAAUCAGAACCAGCACAAAACGGACCAUCCAUCAACUGUACCUGAGCCCUCCCCAGUAUCGGGGGCUGAGGAGGCAGGCCCUGAGCCUCCCGCCCCCCUGCAGAACGGGGAGGGAGCAGCGGCAGCCCAGCCUGUGCAGGAGGAGCGCCCCCUGCAGGCAGACGAGCAGACUGAACCUUCGGGCUCAGACGCAGACAGGGGCGGAGCUGAACUCUCUGAUGUGGACCAGGGGGCCGCUCCCCCGGCACAGAGCCCUGCGAGUCCCGCCUCUCCGGGGUGCGAGGAGGCUGGGACCGAACCCGAGCCACCAGCCCCACAGAACGCAGGUUCGACAGCAGGACAGGGCGAGCCACCCGCCCCCCCUGCCGCAUCGGUUGCCCCGUCCUCAGCGGGUGGACCCAGGGCCCGGAAGGACAAGCUUGCCCGACUGCGAGAGCUGGGACUCGAUCCUCCACCCAUCCCAAAACUGUGCGCCGAUGAAGGGUCCUUCAUCCACCUGGAGCCUCCGCCGCCCAACCCCGCUCUGGAGGCCCUGAAGCAGCGGUUCCUGCGUCACGUGCAGCCUGCUCCCCGGCCCCGAGGCGAGCGCACCGUACAGCUCAACGUCAUCCGCAAGGAGAGCGCCCCCUCUGGCCAGGAGGAGCUUCUUACAGACGCCGUAACGGUCACUCUCACUGAGGGAGAUGAGGAGGUGGUCCACAGCAGGCCCGGUGAGAAGCUGACGCUCCUGAAGUCCCGUCUGCAGCAGGCCAUGGCUCUGCGCCGGCAGGUGGAGAGGGAGCGCAGGGUGGCCCUCCAUCGCCUGGACAACGAGGACUGCGAGGAAGAGGAGGAGGAGGAGGAAGAGAUGACCGAUGAAUCUGAGGGAGAGGAGGAAGAGGGUGUGGAUGCGCUGCUGGGAGGUGCUGGAAAUGGCCAGGCGGAGGAGGAGGAGGAGGAAGAGGAGGAGGAGGAGGCUGGUGGCAGUGAGAGGAGCCCCUCCCCUGCACCCCUCAAGGAGCCGUCUCCAUCCCUGGAGCUGCUGAACACAGACGGGACUCUGCUUCUGUUUGCAGGCAGCUCCUGCUCCCGCACCGGGGACGGGGUAAGGAGGACUGGGCCCGGAGGGCGAGAGUCUGACGGCAAGCUGGAGGAGGACGACUCCCUCACAUUGGCAAAGGACAACAGCCACAACAGCAGCUUCGAGUUGAUUGGCUCCAUGAUCCCGUCCUACCAGCCAUUCAACCGAGCAGCAGGAAGGGGCGUGUCCGCCGGCGCGUUCCGCUCCCCCUCACCCGGGUUUUACAGGCCCAGCUUCCUGGGUUCCGCCUCCAAGAGCUCAGGGAAGCUGUCGGAUCCCUCGCUGUCCCUCUCCCUGCCAGUGGAGGACUCUCAGGACCUGUACGCCCCGCCCUCUCCCGGGGAAGCGACCCACCUGGCCGGGGACUCCCAGGGCCCCUUCUCCCUGGAGGACGACACGCACUCCCAGCUGCUGGAUGCCGACGGCUUCCUGAACGUGGGGCCCCGGGCGGGGCCCGGCCAGUACCCGCCCCGCUCGCAUAAGCGCCAGCUGCUGCUGGACAGCCUGGACGAGAACGCCAUGGAUGCCAACAUGGGGGAGCUGCUGGGGCUCUGCUCUGGAGGAUUCGGCAGCAGGCCAGAGAGCAGGGCGAGAAGCCAGCCUGGGGAGACGCAGGGGGGCACUAUGGGGGAGCUCCUGGGGCUCUGCUCUGGAGGAUUCGGCAGCAGGCCUGAGGGCGGGGCGAGAAGCCAGCCUGGGGAGACACAGGGGGGCACUAUGGGGGAGCUCCUGGGGCUCUGCUCGGGCAGGUUCAGCACGCAGGCGGUUGGGGUAGACGGUGGAGAGGGCGGGGCCCUGGGGACAGCCACACAGAAGGGACCGAACGAGGACGCCUCUGAGGGGGACAUGGACCAGCUGGCUGAUCUCUGUUCCGGAAAGUUCCCCAGCCCAGCUGCCUCCCCGUCAGCUGAACCCAGACGUGCUCCAUUCUCCCCUGAAGAGGCUGCAGACAGGAAGGAGAACCGUGAGGAAGAGGAGGAGGAGGAAGAGGCAGAUGCAGAGUUCCACCUGCUCUCGGACGUGGGCAGCAUGAGCGGCCAGGAGGACAGCGAGGAAGAGAGUGAUGAGGCAGAUGGAGAGGACGCGGAGGAGGAUGCUGAGGAGGAGGAGAGGGCAGCGGUGUUUGGCCCCCGCCCAGGGAAGAGGAAGAAGAUGCGCUUGGCAGAGUUUGUGGACUCUGAAGCAGAGCUCUCUGGCAGCGAUGUGGGCAGUGAUGAUGAGGAAGAAGGAGGGAGUGAGUACGAGGAAGAGGAGCUGCAGGAGGAUCUGCCAUCAGAUGAAGAACUGCAAGACCAGGUCAACAAGAUCCACAUGAAGCAGGUUAUGGACGACGACAAGCGGCGCCUGCGUCUGUAUCAGGAGCGUUACCUGGCCGACGGGGACCUGCACUCAGACGGGCCGGGCCGAGCCCGCCGCUUCCGCUGGAAGAACAUCGAUGAUGCGUUUGAGAUGAACGGGCCAGAUGAAGAAGGGGAUGAAGAGGAGGAGGAGGAGGGAGAGCUGGAGCAGGCGGAGCUGCAGAGGAGGAGGGAGAGGCAGGAGAGGGAGCAGUGGCUGAGAGAGCAGUCGGAGGCGGCGUCCAAGAAAGGCGAGGAAGCUGAUGAUGAUGAAGAAGGGAUCGCGGAGGAGGACAGCCAGUUCAUGAAGCUGGCGAAGAAGCUGACUGCCAGACAGCUGCAGCAGAAAGAUGCACCAGGUGUACCCCUGCAGAAGACUGCCCCUGCUCACACCCCCUUCCAGAGAUCUCAGUCCACUCUGGUGAAGAGGGGCUCCCUGCUCAGCCAGCCCCGUGCCGUCCUGCAGAAACUGGCCUCCAUUUCUGAGGGGAACCCCUGCGCCCCCCGCAGCUCCCGCGGCUUCCUCUUCCAGACCCUGUCACCGGAGAAGGAGGAGGCAGCCAAACAGCGCCCCAGCCAGCAGGUGAAGAAGAGGGGACCGGGAGAGGCUCUUGCUCCCACUGCCAAGAGGGCGUGUCCCGAGGGCCCCGGGAGACCGGCCAGGCCCCAGAGGAGCAUCUUCUGUUACCUGGAGAACUGAAGGGGCCCCUACAAGGGACCCAGGCCACCGGUGAAGCCUGCAUACCCGCCCUCAAGUCCGCACACUUACACACAUCUCCACCCCUCGGGGCAGUGGGAAACUGAGGGCUGACUGUAUUUUUAAUCAUGUAAAUACUACGCAUCUGGUUUGCUUCUUUAACAUUUGUAUUUGUAUUGAAAUUGUAAAUUAAAGAGUAUCUAAGAAGUC